AAAUUUUCACACGAAUCUCACGGGAGCGUGCAGAAAUGCAAUAAUUUCACGCAAUUUUCACCCGCAGAAACCGUGAAAAACCAGACAAUCAGAGUCACGACAGACUCCUUCUACUGCAACCUCUUACAGGGCAAACAAAUGAUAAUUGCGUGCCAAAGUAGUGCUCAAGUGACCACUUAACUGCUCCAUUGGGCCCCCGUUCAAUUGAUGGUGAUCUAACUGUUGCGAGAUUUCAUCUGAUAUCGGAGACCCAAUCAAGACUCAAUCAUGAACGACUGCAACGUCGGCUCGGCGAGUUUUCUCCAUCUGGGCGACGUCGUGUCGCUGUACGCCGAGGGCAGCGUGUGCGGAUUCCUCAGCACCCUCGGUCUCGUCGACGAUCGCACGGUUGUGUGUCCGGAAGCGGGUGAUUUGAACUAUCCGCCGAAGAAGUUUCGUGAUUGUCUGCUGAAAAUAUGCCCGAUGAAUCGAUAUUCUGCCCAGAAGCAAUUCUGGAGCACAGCGAAGCAGAGCAGCUCCAACACGGACACGAAUCUGCUCAAGCGACUGCAUCAUGCGGCGGAGAUUGAGAAGAAGCAGAAUGAGACGGAGAACAAGAAGCUGCUGGGAACGGUGGUGCAAUAUGGCAGUGUGAUUCAGUUGCUGCAUCUCAAGUCCAACAAGUACCUCACGGUGAACAAGCGGCUGCCGUCGCUGCUGGAGAAGAACGCCAUGCGGGUGUAUCUGGAUGCGAAUGGGAAUGAGGGCUCGUGGUUCUACAUCAUGCCCUUCUACAAGCUGCGCUCCAGUGGGGACAACGUUGUUGUUGGUGACAAGGUGAUACUGAAUCCGGUGAAUGCGGAUCAGCAGAAUCUCCAUGUGGCGGCCAAUUAUGAGCUUCCGGACAAUCCGGGAUGCAAGGAGGUGAAUGUGCUGAAUUCCUCCACAUCGUGGAAGAUCACAUUGUUCAUGGAGCACAAGGAGAAUCAGGAGGACAUCCUCAAGGGGGGCGAUGUGGUGAGGCUCUUUCACGCCGAACAGGAGAAGUUCCUCACGAUGGAUGAGUACAGGAAGCAGCAACAUGUGUUUCUGCGCACGACGGGACGCACGAGCGCCACGGCGGCCACGAGUAGCAAGGCUCUGUGGGAAGUGGAGGUGGUGCAGCAUGACUCCUGCCGCGGUGGCGCGGGCCAUUGGAAUUCGCUGUAUCGAUUUAAGCACCUGGCCACGGGCUGCUAUCUGGGCGCCGAGGCGGAUCCUGACUAUCAAGCGGACGCGGACGGUGACAGCACGAAGAUCUGCUACUAUCGUCUCGUGUCUGUGCCAUUCUCCUCAGACAUUGCGUCAGUGUUCGAGUUGGACGCCACAACCAUGACCAGGGCGGACAGUCUCGUGCCGCAGUCCAGCUACGUGAGGAUGCACCAUUUGUGCACCAACACGUGGGUUCACGCCACAUCUGUGCCCAUUGACAUUGAUGACGACAAGCCGGUGAUGUCCAAAGUGGGCUGUUCGCCCAUCAAGGAGGACAAGGAGGCAUUUGCGCUCAUUCCCGUGUCACCGGUGGAAGUGCGUGAUCUGGACUUUGCCAAUGAUGCGUGCAAAGUGUUGGCAUUGAUGAAUACACGACUGGAAACUGGCAACAUUUCGCACAAUGAGCGUCGCUCUCUGAUAUCACUGCUGCAGGACAUUGUCUACUUCAUAGCGGGAUUGGAGAAUGAGCAGAACAAGUCUGAAGCCCUCGAGCUGAGGAUUAACAAUCCGAAUCGUGACAGGCAGAAGUUGCUGCGUGAGCAGUACAUUCUGAAGCAACUCUUUGAGUUGCUCCAUCGUCCCUUUCAGGACAUCCCGGGCGCUGAGGGGCCUUUUCUGCGUCUGGACGAGUUGAGUGACCCAAAGAACUCACCUUACAAGUACAUCUUUCGUCUGUGCUAUCGCAUUCUGCGACUGAGUCAGCAGGAUUAUCGCAAGAAUCAAGAGUACAUUGCUAAACACUUUGGCCUCAUGCAGAAGCAAAUUGGCUACGACAUCCUGGCUGAGGACACGAUCACAGCGUUGCUGCAUAACAAUCGAAAGCUGCUGGAGAAACACAUCACGGCGGCGGAGAUUGAGACAUUUGUGGGUCUUGUGCGGAAGAACAUGAGAAAUUGGGAGUCUCGCUUCCUUGACUACCUCUCAGAUCUCUGUGUGUCCAACAAGAAGGCCAUUGCUGUGACGCAGGAGCUCAUCUGCAAGAGUGUGUUGAGUACGAAGAACUCAGACAUUCUCAUUGACACGCAAAUACGUGAGAAAUCGAUCAAAAUUGUGGAGGAAAGCACCGAAAGUGGUGGAGUGACGACUGUGGAUGAUUCCGGUGAGAGUCUCCAGAUUUCUGUGCCACAGAUGAGGGAGUGCGUCAGGGGAUCCGAAGUGUACUUGCAGUGGCACAAUGGAUCAAAGAGCAUGGCCGAUUUGGCUGUGGCACUGAAGCAGCCACGAAGAGAUGAUGCUGCCAUCCUGGAUUACUAUCGCCAUCAGCUGAAUCUCUUCUCUAACAUGUGCCUCAACAGACAAUACUUGGCACUCAACAAUCUCUCACCUCACCUGGACAUUGACCUCAUUCUCAAGUGCAUGUCGGACGAAAUGGUGCCGUACGAACUGAGAGCCUCCUUCUGUCGACUCAUGCUGCAUCUGCACGUGGACAGAGAUCCUCAGGAGCCCGUGACGCCAGUCAAGUACGCGAGAUUGUGGUCAGAGAUUCCGUCUAAAAUGUCAAUUUACGAUUACGAUUGCAAGAAGCAUCCAGACUGCAAUAAAGAGGCCGUUAGGGCGAGAUUCAACACCACAAUAGCCUUCGUUGAGAACUACUUGUGCAAUGUGGCAGCCAAAAUGUGGCUCUUUGCUGACCAGGAUCAGAACAAAUUGACCUUUGAGGUGGUGAAAUUGGCGCGAGAUCUCAUCUACUUUGGCUUCUACAGCUUCAGUGAUUUGUUGAGACUGACAAAGACACUUCUGAGCAUCUUGGAUUGCGUGUCGGAGUCUGAUGUUGUCGAUGGAGGUCUGCCCACGGGUGAAAUUGAUUCCGAGGGUGGCGUCCUUCGCUCCAUCGGCGACAUGGGAGCUGUGAUGACAUCCCUGACGCUCGGCCCAAUCGGCACAGCCAUGGUUUCACCGGCAAUUUCAGUGCAACAGCGAAAAUCUGUGACUCAACUCAUGAAGGAAUAUCCACUGGUGAUGGACACGAAGCUGAAGAUAAUCGAAAUUCUCCAGUUCAUUCUGGAUGUGAGGCUAGACUAUCGCAUCAGUUGCCUUCUGUCCAUAUUUAAGCGUGAAUUCGAUGAGACAGACUAUGUGACGCAAGAUGCGGUGACAAUGCGCCAGAAGAAUAUUGAUUUGGAGUCCAUUGGGAGUCAGGCUGAAGGGAUCUUCGGGUGCAAUGAGGAGUCAGUCAGUCUGGAUCUUGACGGACAAGGUGGAAGGACAUUUCUGCGUGUUUUGCUGCAUCUAAUUAUGCACGACUAUCCGCCACUCGUCUCGGGAGCUCUUCAUCUCCUCUUCAGGCACUUCAGUCAGCGUCAGGAAGUGCUUCAGGCAUUUAGACAAGUGCAACUUCUUGUGUCAGACUCUGAUGUGGAAUCGUACAAGCAGAUCAAGUCAGAUCUCGAUGUGCUGCGUCAGAGUGUGGAGAAAUCCGAGUUGUGGGUGUACAAAUCGAAGACAAUGGAUGAUCAUCUGGUGGUGUCUGGUGGGAAGAAGGCCAAACCAUCGGAGGAUGACACGGCAGAGAAGAGCAUGAGCAUGCCUGACGACACAGACGUGCAGAAUCAGUCUCAGGAGACGUUCGACGAUGGACCUCCGCUGACGCCUGAACAGGCGUGUGAGUACAAGAAGAUCCAGCAGAUUCUGGACAGGAUGAACAAGUUGUGCACCACAGUGGGUCCGGGUGACUUCAUCAAGCCCAGGAAGCAUGAGCAGAGACUGCUGAGAAAUGUGGGAGUGCACAAUAUUGUGCUGGAUCUGUUGCAAGUGCCAUACGAUGAGAAGGAUGACAGUCGGAUGAUGGAGUUGAUGCGAUUGGCGCACAAAUUCCUGCAGAACUUCUGUCUGGGCAAUCAGCAGAAUCAAGUGUUGCUCAAUAAGCACCUGGACUUGUUUCUCAAUCCUGGAAUUCUGGAAGCUGAGACAGUUUGUGGAAUAUUCAAGGAUAAUCUGGGGCUGUGCAAUGAGGUGAAUGAGAAGGUGGUUCAGCAUUUUGUGCACUGCAUCGAAAUCCAUGGACGUCAUGUGGAGUACUUGAAGUUCCUGCAGACCAUCGUGAAGGCGGAGAAUCAGUUCAUCAGGAAGUGUCAGGAUAUGGUGAUGCAGGAGCUGAUAAAUGCCGGUGAGGAUGUGCUGGUCUUCUACAAUGACAAGGCGUCCUUCAAUCAAUUUGUGGAGAUGAUGAGACGCUACCGAAGGGGUGAGUUGGCAGACACGACGCCACUUGAGUAUCACGUGGAGCUGGUGAAACUGCUGGCGUGCUGCACAAUGGGCAAGAAUGUCUACACGGAGAUCAAGUGCAACAGUCUUCUGGCACUGGAUGACAUUGUGGCAAUGAUCGCACAUCCGGAUUGUGUGCCAGAGGUGAAGGAGGCGUAUGUGGACUUUCUCAAUCACUGCUAUAUUGAUACGGAGGUGGAGAUGAAGGAGAUCUACUCGUCGAAUCACAUGUGGAGUUUGUUUGAGAAGUCCUUCCUUACUGACAUUGGUCGAGUGAUCAGUGAGGGUCCGACGCCCAGUCGAACGCUCGAGAAUUACGUGAUCAAUGGCAUUAUGAACAUCCUCACGACGUUCUUCAACAGUCCAUUCUCUGAUCAGAGCACAACUGUGCAGACACGCCAGAAUAUCUUCAUUCAACUCCUCCAGAAUGCCGUGAAGAUGAGCGAAUGCAAGUGGCUGACGCCAGCUCAGAAGUUCAGUGUGGAGAAUUGCAUUCGCACGUUGGCUGAGAUUGCCAAGAGUCGUGGCAUUGCCAUCUCGAUGCAUCUGGAGAGUCAACUCGUCACGAUGUUCCACAAGACGUCGCUGCUCACGCGGCAGACCAGCAAGUGGUUGUUGGCGUCGAAGCAGACGAAGAUUGAGCGAAGCAGUUCGCAGUUGAUGCGUCUGGAUAGGAGUAUCAUUGAGGGAUUGCAGGAUAUCGUGUCACUGCUGGAGGAUCAACUGAAACCACUGGUUGAGGCUGAACUCUCCCUCCUCGUGGACAUUCUCUAUCGCUCAGAACUGCUCUUUCCCAUCGGCACAGAGUCCAGGAAGCGCUGCGAGAGUGGAGGUUUCAUACGAAGGUUGAUCAAGCACACGGAGAAGCUUCUGGAGGAGAAGGAAGAGAAAUUGUGUGUGAAAGUGUUGCGAACUCUCAGGGAAAUGAUGGCAAUUGAUGUGGAUUAUGGGGAGAAGGGAGACACUCUCAGGAGUUCUCUGUUGACGCGAUACUUUGGGAAGAACUUCUCCGUGAAGGCGCCUGAGGAUGUGGAGCAGAAGAAAGCGCCUCCCGUGGCGACUGUGACUCACGGACCGGGUGCCAAAUACUUGAUGCGAGCCAAUUGCACACUGCAUGAGGUGCAGAGUCACCUGGACAAGGAGGGUGCGUCGGAUUUAGUGGUGGAACUCGUGAUAAAGUCCGUUCACUCGCCGUCAAUCUUCGUGGAGGCCGUGGAAUUGGGCAUAGCACUGCUCGAGGGUGGAAAUCCCAUCAUUCAGAAGGGGAUGUACAGCAAAUUCCUCAGCGGUGAUCUCAAUCAGGCGUUCUUCAAGGUGUUCUAUGACAAGAUGAGGGAUGCUCAGCAGGAGAUCAAGAGCACAGUCACGGUGAAUACGGUGGAUAUUGCGGCGAAAGUGCAUGAGACGAAGCAGGAUUUCAAGGAUUUGGAGAAAAUCUCGCGGAAACAGGGCACAAAGACGAAUGGAAUUAUAAUCACGGAGGAAUUGAGGGAGGAGCUCAAUAGUGCCGGUCUGGCGACGGCGCGCGCUUAUGCCAGUGCCAGGAGUUUGUCGCCGGGUGAGGAUAGUUCAAUGGUGAAUAUUGGCAGUGCCCUGGAGGAUAUGUUGGCGGAGAAGAUGGAGAAGCACAAGGACAAGGAUGAACGCAAUAAGUUGUCGUCGAAAGUGCUGGUGAUGCAGCCAAUUUUGCGCUUUCUGCAACUCCUGUGUGAGAAUCACAAUCCGGAUUUGCAGAAUUUGCUGAGGAAUCAAAACAACAAGACCAACUAUAAUCUCGUGUCGGAGACUCUGAUGUUCCUGGACUGUAUUUGUGGCUCCACAACGGGUGGCUUGGGAUUGUUGGGAUUGUAUAUCAAUGAGAAUAAUGUGGCGCUGAUCAAUCAAACACUGGAGACGCUCACGGAAUACUGCCAAGGACCUUGUCAUGAGAAUCAAAACUGCAUUGCGACGCACGAAUCAAAUGGAUUGGACAUCAUCACGGCACUCAUACUCAAUGAUAUCAAUCCGCUGGGGAAGAAUCGAAUGGAUCUGGUGUUGGAGUUGAAGAACAAUGCGUCGAAGCUGUUGCUGGCCAUCAUGGAGAGUCGUGGUGACAGUGAGAAUGCCGAGAGAAUCCUGUACAAUAUGAAUCCCAAGCAAUUGAUCGAUGUGGCGUGCAGAGCGUUCCAUCAGGAGGAAUUGCUGGACGAUAAUGAUCAUGAGGAUUUCAAUCAGGAUGACGAUGCUGGUGUGUCACCCAAGGAAGUGGGUCACAAUAUCUAUAUACUGUGUCAUCAGUUGGCGCAGCACAAUAAGGAAUUGGCAGCUCUGCUGAAGCCCAGCGAUCCUGUGGGCACAAAUGACUCCAAGACCAAUCAGGCUCUGCUGUAUUACGCCACGCACACGGCACAAAUUGAGAUUGUGCGUCACGAUCGUACGCUGGAGCAGAUUGUCUUUCCCAUCCCUGAGAUCUGUGAGUAUCUCACGCACGACACCAAGACGAAGAUCCUGCACACGGCGGAGCGUGAUGAUCAAGGCUCAAAAGUGGCGGACUUCUUCGAUCGCACGGAGCACAUGUUCAACGAGAUGAAGUGGCAGAAGAAGCUGCGUGGACAGCCGGCACUCUUCUGGGUCAGCAACUACAUGUCUCUGUGGAGCAAUAUUCUGUUCAACUGUGUGGUGUUGAUCAAUGUCAUUGUGGCCUUCUUCCAUCCGUUCGACAACAAAGUGCCAGAACUCAUGGGACACUUGUCACUCCUCAUCUGGACCAUCAUGCUGGGCUCCUUGGCCAUUGUCAUCACAGUGCCGCGCGAGACGGGCAUUAGAACUCUGGUGGCAUCAAUUAUUCUGCGAUUCAUCUUCUCUGUCGGACCACAAUCGACACUGUGGCUCCUCGGCUCGGUGACGGUGCUGAUGAAGGGUGUUCACAUUGUCAGCAUCAUGGGGAAUCAUGGAACGCUGGAGAAGCACAUCCUGAAGAUCAUCACAGAUGCUGAAUUGAUCUAUCACUUUGGCUAUCUAAUGCUGUGCGUGUGUGGAAUCCUCCUGCAUCCGUUCUUCUACUCAAUUCUCCUCUUCGAUGUGGUUUAUCGCGAAGAGACGCUGCUCAAUGUCAUUCGCUCUGUGACGCGGAAUGGUCGCUCAAUCAUCCUCACAGCUGUCCUGGCACUCAUUCUCGUCUACAUGUUCUCCAUCAUUGGCUACAUCUUCUUCCAGGAUGACUUCCUCGUGCCGGUGGACGAUGAGAUAGCGGCAGAGGCCAAUGAGCCGCUCAAGAGUCACAUGCUGCCCACGGCAGAGGAUCUGCAGCAAUGUGAGUGUGAGGCAGGAAGCAAGAUCAUCGUGUCUGAUGGCGAUGGUGAGCGCAAGGAGAGAGCCUGUGACUCUCUCAUUAUGUGCAUCGUGACAACACUGAAUCAGGGAUUGCGGAAUGGCGGCGGAAUUGGAGAUAUUCUCAGAGCACCGAGUAGUCAAGAGGCUCUAUUCGUCGCUCGUGUCAUCUAUGAUCUUCUGUUCUUCUUCAUUGUCAUCAUUAUUGUGUUGAAUUUGAUCUUUGGUGUCAUCAUUGACACAUUUGCGGACUUGAGGAGUGAGAAGCAACAGAAGGAGUUGAUCCUGAAGAACACCUGCUUCAUCUGUGGCCUCAAUCGGUCAGCUUUUGACAACAAGACGGUGAGCUUCGAGGAGCACAUCAAGUGUGAGCACAACAUGUGGCACUACCUCUACUUCAUCGUGCUGGUGAAGGUGAAGGAUCCCACGGAGUUCACGGGUCCGGAGAGUUAUGUGCACGCAAUGGUGAAGGCGAGCGUGCUGGAUUGGUUCCCGAGGCUGCGCGCCAUGUCAUUGGCGGCGAUCGAUGGUGAGGGUGAGCAGAUUGAGCUGAGGAGUCUCCAGGCGACUCUCGAGAACACGCAGCUGCUCAUCAGCAGCCUCUCGUCGCAGCUGAUGGAGCUGAAGGAUCAGAUGACGGAGCAGCGGAAGCAGAAGCAGCGGCUGGGUCUGCUCAAUCCCACCACAUCCGCAGCCUCCUAUCUCAAUCAGUCCGGCUUCGGUGGGGUGAACUAAAAGGUGUUUAAUGUGUGUUGGUGUGUGUGUGAUAAUGUUCUAGAGAAUCGAAUCUCGCGCUGUCCCUCGUGUGGCAAAAAUUUCUCCAACGAAAAGAAAGAGCACAUCUUGUAGGCCAUCUUUAGGCGAUAAUAAUUGUGUUAUCUUAAUUCUAGUGAUAAUUGUUCUCAUUGUUGUAACUUACACUGAAAAUUUAGUCCGUCGCUGUUUUAGGUGAGAAAAAGAUGAGGUCAAUGCACUCAAGCUUUGCGCACGAUUUACUUAAUUUUAGCGAAUGAAAAAAAUAUGACUCAAAGUCGAUUAGGUUUUACACUUAUAUAGCUUGCCAAUGUUCAAGUGGAUUAUUAAGAGAAUUCUUUAAAGUUUACUUCGUUGUCAUCCUUGUACUUCAUCCAGAGAGUUUAAUAAAUGUUCCAUC